AGAAACAUGGCGGCUACCAUGGAAAAUGAAUCAGACAUGGGCAGCGACGAUUAUUAUUCCCUGCUGAAUGUGAGGAGAGAGGCCACUCAGGAAGAGCUGAAGUCCUCGUACCGGCGACUGUGCAUGCUGUACCACCCCGACAAACACCGAGACCCUGAACUCAAGAGGCAGGCUGAGCAGCUGUUCAAUCUCGUUCACCGGGCAUACGAAGUUCUUAGUGACCCCCAGUCUCGAGCUGUAUAUGACAUUUUUGGGAAGAAAGGCCUGGAAGUGGAAGGAUGGGAGGUGGUGGAGAGGAAGAAGACGCCUGCGGAGAUCAGGGAGGAAUACGAGCGCCUGCAGAGGGAGAGAGAUGAGAGGAGGCUACAACAGAGGACCAACCCCAAGGGGACUAUCAGCGUCGGAAUAGACGCCACAGACCUGUUUGAUCGCUACGAAGAAGAUUUUGAGGAGAUGCCAGGAGGAGGAGGAGGGUUCCCUCAUGUCGAGAUCAACAGGAUGCACAUAUCACAAUCUGUUGAAGCCCCCUUGACUACAACGGAUACAGCCGUCCUCUCGGGCUCUCUCACCACGCACAACGGUAACGGUGGAGGCAAUAUCAGUCUGUGUCUGAGACGAGUCACAUCGACGCACGGCUGGGGAGAGCUCGAGUUCGGGGCCGGAGAUAUCCGAGGGCCUGUUUUUGGAAUGAAAGUGUUUCGGAACGUCACUGCACGAUGCUUCAUGACUGCGCAGUGCGGUAUGCAGUUCUCCUCUCGGGGCACGAGGCCGAACGCCAGCGCCAUGAUGGCACGUCACCUGGACCAGAACACUAUGGGCUACCUGCAGUGGCGCUGGGGUAGCGAGUCCGCCAUGACCACCAGCAUCGUCCGAGACACCAAGACCAGCCAUUUCACCUUGGCCCUCCAGCUUGGCAUGCCUCAUUCCUACCUCAUGAUGAGCUAUCAGUACAAAUUCCAAGAUGAAGACCAAACCAAGGUCAAGGGUUCCGUCAAGACCGGGUUUUUUGGGACGGUGGUGGAAUACGGUGCCGAGAGGAAGAUCAGCAGUCACAGCGUUCUCUCGGCGACAGUCAGCAUUGGGGUACCUCAAGGGGUCUCUCUGAAAAUCAGGUUAAACCGAGCCAGUCAGACGUACCUUUUCCCCAUCCACCUGACAGACCAGAUCUUACCCAGUGCUGUGUUUUAUGCCACUGUGGGUCCUCUGGUUGUCUACUUUGCAGUCCAGAAGCUCCUCAUCACGCCUUAUGUCCACGCCCAGAAGGAGCAGGAGCUGGAAAAGCACAGAGUGAACUCUGUGAUGGAUAUCACCAAGAAGAAGCAGGAGGCUGAAUCGGCUGUGUUAUUGAUGCAGGAGUCUGUGCGAAGAAUCAUCGAAGCCGAGGAGUCUAAAAUGGGUCUCAUCAUUUUAAACGCCUGGUACGGCAAGUUUGUGAUGAACCCCAGCCAGAAACCGGAGCGAGCGAAGGUCAUCGACGUGACUGUGCCUCUGCAGUGCCUGGUGAAAGAUUCCAAACUCAUCCUCACCGAGGCGUCGAAGGCAGGUUUGCCCGGCUUCUACGACCCCUGCGUGGGAGAAGAGAAGAGCCUGAAGCUGCUCUACCAGUUCAGAGGAGUCAUCCACCAAGUGCUGGCUGGAGACACUGAAGCUCUUCGGAUACCCAAGCAAUCACACAGGAUAGAAACUGAGACAUAGGAGCGUGUGCUACACGGAACCAACAGAGACACGACAGACGCCGGACGUCCCGUGGAGGGAGAUCCAAAGGGCGGUCCGAUUCUUCCUGUUGUGAAGUUGUGUGUAAACCCCGCCCACUUUUCCUUAUCCUGUAUCUCAGUAGCGUAUCCAUGAUGAAAAGAUUUCAGAGCACAGUUAUGGGGUAGAGAUCAAGUGUCGGAUUUCUAAAAGUGAAUCCGGAAGGGAAAGGUUUUGAUGCAUUUCCUUAUAAAAACAGGAAGUCUGUUAUUGUGAUUAGGGGGAGGGGAAAAAAGGAAAAAAACCAAACAAACAGAAGCAUUUGAGUGACGCCACGCCUCCUACUGAAUUAGCAAACCGACUAAACGAUGCAGUCGAGAGUUUAGAGUACUUGUUUUUAAUUGCAUAUAAUUUUUUCAAACGUCCUGUCAUGUUUGCUUUUACAGAUUGUCAGGUUUUUUUGUUGUUGUUUACAGUUAUGCCUGGAAUAUGCACUGGAGAGCAUUUUAUUGGACAAGCACGUUGAUGAGCUGUCAAACUUUUCUUUAAAAAAAAAAAAUUCAUUAUGGUUGUCCAAACACCUUGAAUAUUUUUCUUAACUUUUCUAUCUGAGCUACAAGAUAGAAUAAUGAGAGAAUCAGCCAUGCUGUGUCUUUGUGGGAGGGGCAUACUCUUUCUCUCUCUCUCUCUCUCUCUCUCCUCUGUCAAUCACAGCAGCACUAGCCAAUCGUAGGUGUCCAAGAGCUCAUGUAUGUAGAAGAGGGCAGACGGCGCUUUCCUCAGUGUGUUUCGCAGCAGCAGUUCGAAAAGAUGCAGUUGCCUGACUUUACGUGUCUUGUACGAAGCCCUCUGGCGUAUGAUAUUGGAGAUUUGUCUCAACUUCAUGCCUGUUAUGUGAUCUUGUAAACACACCAUAGCGAUGUUAACAGGAGUUGCAUCUAACGAAAAGAAAAAAAAACUGACAAACUUUAAUAUCACCUGCACGUUCAGUUUGACUUGUCGGAUCGCUACUUCUGUUUUUUUUUUUUCACUUUUCUCUCGAGUCGAGAUAACUACAUUAGAUUUGACUAGAUUAGAGUUCAUUUCUUCGGAAUGAAGUUCACAGAAAUGGAAGUAAGAAAAAUGACCGCGAAAGAGGACGUGUGGAUUUAAGUGUAGCGCUAUCUGCCCUCUUCCAUAUACGAGCGACCUGUUUAGAUGGAUAUCAAAGUAUAUGAUUAAAUAGAAUGUGAAGAACUUAACAAAAAAAAAAAAACACAACAGAUUUGGGCAGUAAAUAUGUGUAUCGAAUUGAACACUUCAGCUCUCGGGUAGUUAUAUGAAAAAAAUAUUUCUAUAGAGACCAUUUUAAGAAAAUCAAUUACUACUUCCUCCCUUUUUCCAUCAUAAAGCAUCUUUUCCAAAUAUGUUCUCGAGAAGCGAUAUUACUUUUAUAUUCUGCCCAUUAUAUUUAUCAAAUGUUAUUUUGCACAAAUGGACCGAGAACAAAGGAUUUGAAUCUCUUACUGGCUCGUACGCCGUUUACUGACGCACUUCAGAACCACAAAAGCGAGUUUCGAAACAAUUUGUUGUUUUCCUCAAAUGUGACGUUCAAACAUCAUUGAACUUUAUACGUAUGUCAUUACAUAUGUUUCAUGCAUCAUAG